GGCGGAUGGGAUUAUUAAAGCUUCGCCGGAGCCGCGGCUCGCCCUCCCACUCCGCCAAGCCUCUGGGAGAGGAGCCGCGCCCGGCCGGCCCGGCCCCCAGCCCCAUGGACCUCCGAGCAGGGGACUCGUGGGGGAUGUUAGCUUGCCUAUGCACGGUGCUCUGGCACCUUCCUGCAGUGCCAGCUCUCAAUCGAACAGGGGACCCAGGGCCUGGCCCCUCCAUCCAGAAAACCUAUGACCUCACCCGCUACCUGGAACACCAACUCCGCAGCUUGGCGGGGACCUACCUGAACUACCUGGGGCCCCCUUUCAAUGAGCCAGACUUCAACCCUCCUCGGCUGGGGGCAGACACUCUGCCCAGGGCCACUGUCAACUUGGAAGUGUGGCGAAGCCUCAAUGACAAACUGCGGCUGACCCAGAACUAUGAGGCCUACAGCCACCUCCUUUGUUAUUUGCGUGGUCUCAACCGUCAGGCAGCUACAGCUGAGCUGCGCCGCAGCCUGGCCCACUUCUGCACCAGCCUCCAGGGCCUGCUGGGCAGCAUCGCAGGUGUCAUGGCAGCUCUGGGCUACCCACUGCCCCAGCCUCUGCCUGGGACUGAGCCCACGUGGUCCCCUGGCCCUGCCCACAGCGACUUCCUCCAGAAGAUGGAUGACUUCUGGCUGCUGAAGGAGCUGCAGACCUGGCUGUGGCGUUCAGCCAAGGACUUCAACCGACUAAAGAAGAAGAUACAACCUCCAGCAGCUGCAGUCACCCUGCAUCUGGAGGUCCACGGCUUCUGAUCUCCUACCUUUAUCACCUCCCCACCUCCACCUUCAAGCCCUGCUCCCAUGCUGGGAGAAGAGGAACCUGAAUGCCAACACUUGUUGAGCUGGACAGCAGGAGCUCCUUGGAUGGGAGGUGGUGGUGGUGUGAUAAGCCCCACCCCCUGCCCAGCUCCCAGAGGCCUAUGGAUCUGGGGAAGAGGUGCAAUGAGCACCAACCCGUUUCCAUGGAGGUAACACUUAAGAGGCUCAAGUAGGUGUGAGGCUGCCUCUUGCUUCCUGCCCAUUACCUGCCAGUGCCAACCCAGCCCCUCACGUGGCACUUGCAGAAGCACACCUGGAGGGCAGGGGUGGAGGCCACUGUAGCAUGUGCCUUUGGGGGUGAAGCCCCUUGGCUGCCCCCCUCUCCUUGGAUGGGUGUUGCUCCUCUACCCCAAUAAGUACACAUCCAGUUCAGGAAACAAACAUGGCGAUAAGUCUAAACAAGAAGCGAUGCAAUGAAUAUGGAAGGGGUAGCAUCUGUAAUAGAGGUGGUCUAGAGACCAGAAGAGGUAAUACCGAAAGAGAGAGGCAGAAACAGACCAGACCCAGCAGUCACCAGGGCAACUGGUGGCACAGGGCAGCAAACUAAAGCCAUGUUGAGCAUCAGGACCUUGCCUUGAAUUUUCUUGCCGGCGUCAUGGUGCCUUCUCUCUGCCCCCUUUCCCAGGACGUCUGUGAUUGCCCUGGCUGGGGAGGGCAGCCCUAGCUCCAGCCCCAGGGUUUCCUGAAAGUUUACAUUGCAGUAGCAUUGUGGGGAGGGAGGAGGCCGCUCCCCCAGGCCCUGCCCCCAGCCCUACCCACUCAUGACUCUAAGUUUGUUGUAUUAAUAUUUAUUUAUUUGGAGAUGUUAUUUAUUAGAUUAUAUUUAUUGCAGAAUUUCUAUUCUUGUAUUAACAAAUAAAAUGC